UAAAUAAGAAAAAGAUUGGAAGUAGUGAGGGAAGUGGAAGCAGAUGGAGCCAAAGAAUGAUUUUGUGCGCUGGACGUUUGAAUUCAUUCUUCAGAACGUCCCAGACACAGAGAUUAACGGUAACAUGCUAAAAAAUGCGGUUCGAAUCGCCGCCGGAUUUUCUGUUCUUGAUUCCCGCCUCAGGAAGGCCAUUCUUCUCAAAACUCUUCGAUACCACCUCUGCACUCACUCCAUCACCGAACCCCUUCUCGAAACCCUCGAGUUCCUUGAGGAACUCUUUCACUGCGAAGCCUCUCCGGUCACCGCUACCAUGACUGCCGCCUACUGUGCCGUGGCGGUGGAAUGCACGACCAAGUAUCUGAAAUUAAAUCCCCACCACCACAAUCCUCUCUACCUCGAUGCCGUGAACAGGAUAUGGCGAGUUAGGAUUGCGCUUAUGAAUAGUUCCGGAGAAAGGAGGGCUCUGCUUUCAGGGGAGUUGGAGCAGUGGAGAAAGGACAUUGAAACUUCACUUUUGGAUUCAGAAGUAAUGGAAAGGUUGGCCUCCAUAGAUACUAAAAGGGAUGCCAUGGUGAAGCUCAAAGCAUUUUUAGGUGAAGCUUGUCCCGAUUUGGACCCUUCUUCGCACGCUGAUACUAAAAGGGAUGCCAUGGUGAAGCUCAAAGCAUUUUUAGAUGAAGCUUGUACCGAUUUGGACCCUUCUUCGCAAGCAGAUACUAAAAGGGAUGCCAUGGUGAAGCUCAAAGCAGUUUUAGAUGAAGCUUGUACCGAUUUGGACCCUUCUUCGCACGCCGAUACUAAAAGGGAUGCCAUGGUGAAGCUCAAAGCAGUUUUAGAUGAAGCUUGUACCGAUUUGGACCCUUCUUCGCACGCCGGGCAUAUUUGAGAGAUAUGAUAAAGACAGGAGUGGAAAAAUUGAUCCUUAAGAACUAAGAAAUGCUCUGUAUGGUAUUAGUUAUGUUUUGCCUGGUUUAGUUUUGCAACUUCUGUAUUCCAAGUAUGGAGGAGGGAUCUACAUUACAUGGAAUAGUGAGGAAAGAAUUACUUUUUGCUUAUUUCUUCACUGGAAAUGUUGAUUUUGGUUAAUACAUUGUAUUCCUCUAUAAAUGUUAACUUUUGUUGAAUUGGAACAAGACUAAAAAACAAUGAAGAUGCAUAUGGUGUUUUGUUGUGUUUUUUUAUUCAA